GCUGCGCUCCGUACUUCCUGGUUAGUGCUCGUCUGUUGGGUGGUAAACAGGGAUGAUUCUCGGAAGAUAAUAAAGCUACCUGACGAAACCGGAGUAAAAGUUCACUCAAAAUGAGCUGGAUUCCUUUCAAGAUCGGACAACCGAAGAAACAGAUUGUCUCUAAAACUGUUGAACGAGACUUCGAGCGAGAAUAUGACAAACUCCAAAAGCUGGAGGAUCAGACGAAAAAGCUCCACAAAGACAUGAAGAAAAGCACAGAGGCUGAUUUAGCCAUGUCCAAAGCAGCGGUGAAGAUCUCUGCAGACCUGCUGAGUAACCCGCUGUGUGAGCAGGACCAGGCCUUCCUCGAGUCCAUGACUGCUUUAGAUACAGCCAUGAGAAGGAUGGACGCCUUCAACCAGGAGAAGGUCAACCAGAUCCAGAAGACCGUUAUCGACCCUCUGAAGAAGUACGGCGGUGUCUUCCCCAGCCUCAACAUGGCAGUGAAACGUCGAGAGCAGGCGCUGCAGGACUACAAACGGCUGCAAUCAAAAGUGGAGAAAUACGAGGAGAAAGAAAAAACCGGGCCCGUUAUGGUCAAACUCCAUCAGGCAAGAGAGGAGCUCCGACCAGUCAAGGAAGACUUCGAGGCCAAGAACAAGCAGCUGCUGGACGAGAUGCCCAAGUUCUACCACAGCCGCAUCGACUACUUCCAGCCCAGCUUUGAGGCUCUCAUCCGGGCUCAGGUGGUCUAUUUUACUGAAAUGUACAAGAUCUUCAGCGAGUUAACAGACCAGAUCGACCAGGCAGGGCUGACUGAUGAGCAGAGGGAGAGGGAGACCGAGGCCAAGCUCAGCGAGUUGCGUGCUCUGUCCAUUGUCGCCGACGACUGAGGGAGGAAAGCUGAAAACCGGGAAGGGCUCUUUUCAUGCUUCUCUGAAUGGACUGCACUCAAGCUCCUCCAGAGUUCAAACGGACAGCAGUGGCCUUAACCUGAUUAUCAGUUUGUUUCCUUGCGGCCUCAUCACCCCCCCAUUCCUCUUGCACUACACCCUAAUCUUUCAUUCUCUCUAUAAAGACGCUCUGCAGCUCAAAGCAGCUGAAUGCCACAUUAACUAAGCCAUCAGCCAAGUGCAACAUUAUAAGCCAAUAUGUUGUCUUUUUUUUAGUAAAGGAAUCAAAUAGAGCUCGUCAGAACUAAUUAACAGGGUUACACUUUGUGGUUUCAGAGAUAUCUAUACGCAUUUGUUCCUAAAGUAGGAAGUUAGCAAGGAAAUGUUUUUAUUAGUCACAUCAGCCACAUCACCAGCAAUCUGUGAAACAUCGUUUUUAUUACCCUGCUUUGACAAUAGAAACCCUACAGGCUGAAUGUUAUGUAAUUUACUGUAGGUUAUCGACAAAAAAAUGUAUUUUGGUAUUUUGGCCUUUUUCUGGUUGUCUUGAAGCUCUGUGCCAUGUUGUGUGAGGGCUUUUUUGGGACUUGAAAGAUGAUAAUGUGCCUGCCUUGUCCUGACUUUGGAUGUAACAUGAAAACUAAGUUGUGUAAAGAGACACUUUGUCUGUGCAACGAUGUUGAAAGGUCGACCACUCAGGCUGCACUGAUAACCAGUUGCUGUCUCAACAAAAAACAAAGGCUGGUGCUCCCUCUAGUGGAUAAUACUGAUCAUGACACAUGCUUUCCUUUUGUUCACGCCAUCCAUCCUUUGUUCUAUUGUUGGUCUGAGUGUGUGUUAGCAAAGAACCUCACACAUUGUUGGCUCUCUACAAAGUCCUUCCUCUGUACCCUCGACACCAGGGUUGGAAACCGAAAUUUUUUGGCUUCUUUGAUUUUGGACCAAAUCAUACUGUCAAUGCACUCCUUUGUUUCCACCUUCUAUCAGGUAGAGCCUCAGUAUGAUGAACACACUACAUGGUAAUGUGCACACACUGAUUGUUCCCAUGUCACAGUAGUGAUUAUUUUAAGGUGUCGUACCAUCAACUCAGUUAUUUAUUCUUUGAUCUUUUUGAUAUGGAAAUAGUUGAAGAAAGUGCUUAGUCUGUUGCACGUCUUUGUGUUGUGUUCUGCAAUGCAGAAUGAAUUAAAUCUAGUUAACUGUAUUAAUGAAGGUGCUUUUCUAAAUGAGACUUUAAAGUGUAUUAAUGGUUGAUUUUUUAACACAACUAAGUGAAUUCAGUAGCAUUAGAGUGGGCUUUAUUUAGGCUUUUAAAUGUGUAUACAGAAUGUUUUCAGCUGUCUCCUCAAGGUGAAAUCAAUUAAGUAAAUAAACUGAGAACAGCAA